GCGGCUCCGACCGCGAGCGGCCGAGGGGCGGGCGCGCCGCUGCAUCCCCAUCCUCGGCGUAGCUCGGCGGCACAGGGAGAGCGAGCGGCGACUGGCCGGAGCGAGCGAGCGAGCGAGCGGGCGCACGGGCGCACGGGCGGACGGGCGGACGGGCGAGCGCAGCGCCGAGGCCCGGCCAUGGCCACCACCAGCACCACGGGCUCCACCCUGCUGCAGCCUCUCAGCAACGCCGUGCAGCUGCCCAUCGAUCAGGUCAACUUUGUAGUGUGCCAACUCUUUGCCUUGUUAGCAGCUGUUUGGUUUCGAACUUACCUACAUUCAAGCAAAACUAGCUCUUUUAUCAGACACGUAGUUGCUACCCUUUUGGGCCUUUAUCUUGCAUUUUUUUGCUUUGGAUGGUAUGCCUUACACUUCCUUGUACAAAGUGGGAUUUCCUACUGCAUCAUGAUCAUAGCUGGAGUGGAGAGCAUGCAUCAAUGUUGUUUUCUGUUUGCUUUGGGAUACCUCACAGUGUGUCAGAUUACUAGAGUCUAUAUCUUUGAUUAUGGACAAUAUUCCGCUGAUUUUUCAGGCCCAAUGAUGAUCAUUACGCAGAAGAUCACUAGUCUGGCUUUCGAGAUUCAUGACGGGAUGUUUCGGAAGGAUGAAGAACUGACUCCCUCGCAGAGGGGAUUAGCUGUGAGGCGCAUGCCAAGUCUCCUGGAGUAUGUAAGUUAUACCUGCAACUUCAUGGGUAUCCUGGCAGGCCCUCUCUGCUCUUACAAAGACUACAUUACUUUCAUUGAAGGCAGGCCAUCUCACAUAUCACAGGCCAGUGAAAAUGGAAAAGAAGAGCAGCAGCAUGAAAGAGCAGAUCCGUCUCCAAACGCAGCAGUUACGGAGAAGCUCCUAGUCUGCGGACUCUCUUUAUUAUUUCACUUGACCAUCUCCAACAUGCUGCCUGUGGAGUACAACAUUGACGAGCAUUUCCAAGCCACCGCAUCAUGGCCAGCCAAAGCCACCUAUCUGUACAUCUCUCUUUUGGCUGCCAGACCUAAGUACUAUUUUGCAUGGACCUUAGCUGAUGCCAUUAACAAUGCGGCGGGCUUCGGUUUCAGAGGCUACGACAGGAACGGAGUAGCUCGUUGGGACUUGAUUUCCAAUCUGAGAAUUCAGCAAAUAGAGAUGUCAACAAGUUUUAAGAUGUUUCUCGAUAAUUGGAAUAUCCAGACAGCUCUUUGGCUCAAAAGGGUGUGUUAUGAACGAGCGACCUUCAGUCCGACGACCCAGACAUUCUUUCUCUCUGCUGUUUGGCACGGGGUCUACCCGGGAUACUAUCUGACGUUUCUGACAGGAGUGUUGAUGACGUUAGCAGCGCGGGCUGUGAGAAGUAACUUCAGACAUUAUUUCACUGAACCCCCUCCGCUGAAGCUGCUCUAUGACGUUCUCACGUGGGCCGCGACACAGAUAACCAUCAGCUACACGGUUGUCCCCUUCGUGCUUCUGUCUAUAAAACCGUCGUUCACGUUUUACAGCUCCUGGUAUUACAGCCUUCACAUCUGCAGCAUCUUAGUGCUGCUCCUGCUGCCUGUGAAGAAGUCUCAAAGAGGAAGGAGCACACAGGAAAACGUUCAGCUCUCAUGGGCCAAAAAGUUUGACGAAAGAGAAAAUUCUCUGGGACAGAACAGCUUUUCCAUGGCAAACAAUGUUUGCAAUCAGAACCAAGACACUGCCUCUAGACACUCGUCACUGACGCAGUGACUGGGAGAGCGCGUGAUGGCGGUUUCCCGUCUGUGAACAGAAAAACCAGUCUUGACGCCUUUCCAGUGACUAACUGGGUGGAAAUGGGACAGUCUCAGUUAGGGGAUUUCCUGUACACCAGAUUGGAAAUGGAAUGAAAUAACCCUCCCCAUGCCAUGUUCCUGUGGGUCACGCCUUAUACUAAAUCUUUCCAUAUUUCAAUAGGGCACUCUGACCUCAGCAUAUGCCCUCAAGGUCAUAUGUGUGCCCUGUUGCUGAAUGUACAUUGCGUAUCCCAAGGCACUGAAGAGGUGGAAAAAUGAUCAUGUUAAUCUGGAUGAUUGACAGGUUAACUUUUUCCAAAUGAAUGUCUUGCCUUAAACCUCCUGUUUCCUAAAAUGUUGUUCCUGGAUGGUAUUUUCCACUGAGGAGACGAUUUCAAUAUCUGAUGUGGUGUGCGGCAGAGUAGGAUCGAGGAGGAAUUUUAAACUGGAUAUUUAAGAUUGUGGGUACUUGAAAAAUGCAAUAAACAUCUCAGUAUUUGAAGGGUUUUCUUAAGGUAGCUCAGAGGACUGCACACACGUAGAAGAGUCAACAGUCAGGGCUGUUAAAUUACAGGUAGCUUGUUUUGCUGGGAGCUUAAUUACCUGGUGUCAGUUAGGAGGCCCUUUCAGGAGGACUUUCUUAAACAUAAUUAAAGGUUGGCAAUGUGAUAUUUUAGGCUUAUUUUCUUAAGAAAAAAAAAAAAAAAACACUAAGAGGGCAGAUGAGGUGAGCAGGGCCAGAAUGCAGAAAGCACGGUGUGGUCCGGAGCCAGAGGCAGAGGGCUUCCCCCUUCCGUGUCCAAGAUCAGUGUGAUUGUGUGGGACACGGAAGUUCAAUACGUUGAUAAUACUGUGGACUUUCUGAAGACAUUUCUCGAGCAUAAAUUACAUAGAAUUAGAGGAGAUUAUAAGAGUAACAGUAGUAGGUUAUUUGAAGAUUUUGAAGGAAUUCUCUAGGAAUUAAGGGUAUUGUCUGGUUCAUUGGUUUCUUGUCCCUGUCAUGUCUGUCGCUAUUUGGGGAAAGUUUUAGGGAAAAGAAAACUUAGUUGCUGAGUCUAAGUGACACUUUUUUAAAUUAAUAAAUUAGUUUCUACAUUCUUUAACUUCACGCAUUAAAAUUCUUCCGUUAAACUCUUGUGAAAAUGGGUGGUAGAGUCUAUCAAAACAAAUACGUGUUUUCCUCUUAGGGGCCACUCUUGCCUUGAGUGACUGGGUGUGUCCCUGAUCCAGCAGCAGCGUGCUGUGGGUACCGCAGCUGUAAGCAUGUAGGCAAGGGGUGGAUUUGAGGCUAUGGAACUGAGCCAUGGACUGUAGCUUCUGCCUUGUGAGAGAGAAAGGCUGGGCUUUUGAGCCUCUCUGUUAUUUGACCAAUCUUUUUAUGAAAUUUGUUUUGGUUUUGCCUUACAUUUUCAAA